UAAAUCAUUUUAUUAACUGUAUAUAUUUGUUAAUGAAUUUCAUAGUAUAAUUGCGGUAUCAAUUGAAACAAACACUUAAAUUUCAUUUUCAAUAAUUUAACAAAUCAGUAUUUAUUAACUAUUUGGUUCAUAUAAUUGCCAUUUGAAUUGUGCGGACAAAGCAUUUAUUUUUUUUAAAUAUAACGAUUUAUAAAAGCAUAUAUAACUGAAACAUCAAACAAUGUCCAAUACGAGUGGCAAUCAUCUCAAAGUGGAGGACAUCUAUGCCAUAGGCGAGCAUCGGUCCCGAUGUCGGUCAUCGUAUAAGGACGCCAUCAUUUAUACUAACCGAGUGAUGACCAACUUUGCCGAUGCAGUUAAAGGCAUGAAUGAUGCCGUACUGUUGCCGUCAAAGUUAAAGGACAUAGAGUUGACAGAAACAGAGGCGACGACUGUCACUGAAUCGUUGGACAUCGACAUUGCGUCCAAAACAGAUCUUUUUCAAUAUUAUGUUUUACUAAAUAAUAUCAAAGACGAUCUGUUUAACGGUUCCACUAAUAGUACAGAUGAUCAUCAAUUUAUGAUAAAUAGUAAUAAUAAUAAUUACAGUUUUACUACUAAUAAUAAUAAUCAUAACAAUAAUCAUAAUAAUUCUAAUGGAAAUUAUAGUAGUAGUAGUAGUAGUAGUACUCCUAAUAAUAAUAAUAAUAAUCGUUGGGAUCGGCAGCAAUCGGACGAUGCAUUUCAAUCAUUAAGCAGUUUGUCGAGUCUAUCGGCACUUUCAUUAGAUGGAGAUCCGGUCACAUUUGAGGACAGGGCCAACCAAUUGAUGUCAGUAUUUAUGCAACACUUGCAGUCCUUGUAUGGCAUUCUUCAACAGUUCAGCAAAGUUGCUGACUAUAUAACUAAACGAUAUCAACAAGAGAUCGAUAGUACUGACAACAAAUGAGAGGCACAGGGAGUGUGUAUUAUAGAGAAAGAGAGAGAAUGAGAGUGAGUAAGAACUGGAUGUAUAAAACAAAUAUUGUGUCAAAAUUUCGACAUAACGUUCCCUCAAAUAAUUAAAAUUCAAUAAUAAUAAUAAAAUCAUUAGUUUUGCCACUCAUUUGCUAUUUCUCACUCCAAUUCUUUCCAAACACUUUUGUAAGUUAUUUAGUCCGAUAUUAUUGUAAAAAAUAUAUUACUUUAUAUCGUAAAAACUAUUCAAUUAUUUUGUGUAAUCUUCUAUU